AUGGCAAGCGGGCGCACAGGGGGUGUGGUCCUGAGAGUUCACAAUGGAGAAAAACCUUAUAAGUGUAACGACUGUGCAAAAUCUUUUGCCUCUGUUACUGCUCUCAGUUAUCAUCAGAGCUCUCACACAGGAGAAAGGCUUUAUGGGUGUAGUGAAUGUGGGAAAUCUUUUACCAGGAUUUAUAACUUUUGUUGCCAUCAAAGACUUCACUCUGGAGAAAGGCCUCAUGAGUGCAAUGAAUGCGGGAAAUCCUUUACCCAUCUGCACACCCUUUAUUAUCAUCAGAGAGUUCAUAGAGGAACAGAGACUUACAGAUGUAGUCAGUGUGGAAAAUCUUUUGCCUAUCGUUCUAACCUCCGUUGUCAUGAGAGAGUUCACACAGGAGAAAAGUCUUAUGAAUGCAGUGAAUGUGGGAAAUCUUUUGCGAGUAGCUCCAGCCUCCGUUUUCAUCAGCGAGGUCACACAGGAGAAAGGCCCUAUGAGUGCAGUGAAUGUGGAAAGUCAUUUAGGGGUAGUUCCCAGUUAAGUCUACACUGGAGAGUUCACACUGGAGAAAGGCCUUAUGAGUGCAGUGAAUGUGGGAAAUCUUUUAUUACUAAGUCUAAACUUUAUUAUCACCAGAGAGUUCACACUAGAGAAAAACCUUAA